AUGCCCAUUCCUAGAAGAAAAUGUGCAAAUCAACUCUUGAGAAGUUCUCUGGCCAAUUCAGAUUUCCCAGUUCAGGUUGUUGCUGAUAGGCGCCUGGUUUUCCUUCACGAGUUGCUGUCGACUGGCCAUUGCAUUCUGUUGUGGGGCAGAAUGGAACAUGCCCGGAAGCUGCAUAUGAGAAGAUUGCGCAGUAGCAACAAGCAUGACCACUGUGAGAUGGCAAAUAAGCAGCAUGAGGUGUUUGCCCAGGCAUGUUGUAGUAAGAUUCUGGCUGCAGACUUGAAAGAUCCUGUGGGUUUCAUCCACAUAUCUCUGCCUGACCUUUUGGGACAUUAA